AUGGCAGAUAUGGAUGAAGAUGCGCCCAUCAAUUCCCUUCACAAUCAACCAAAUGACGAUAACGAAGAAGGUGAUGAGACCCAAGAUUUCCGACUUCUUGCAUCCCUCAGCUCAAAGACAGGCUCACUUCCUAAACGUGGAGAGAAAGAUUUCGAACCUCACGGUACACAACAACAAGAUGGUGUGUUAGCUGCAUCGAGGCAGGCAAUGCAUGAUGCAUUGGAUUAUACAAGAUUUCAUCUGCCAAAAGCGCAUGUGAGGGCUUUUUACUACGGAGAGGGAGUGGGAAAGGAACUGGAGAGAGAUGAACUAGUGGCAGAGGAAUGGAGGAAAGGCUUAGAGCCAGAUCAUGUUGUGGUAGUGGAAGGACCUAGAGGACCACAUUUCAGAACAAUUGGCAGAGCAAACGAAGGGAAACACAAGAGCAGUUUGUGGUUAUUACCUGAGGAAGCAUUGUAUUUGGUUGAGCGGGGAAAUUUGGAUUUGUGGUGGCCGAAUAAAUCUUCUUACAAUGGAGUUGAAGAUGGGGAAAGCGAGAAAGCGGGACAAUCGGAAAACGAAGAUGACGGUGCACCAAUGAGUUUACAAGCUGCGUAUGCUAUGCUUAUUGGUCUGGAUGGCGAGAGAGGAAAAAUCAGUUUGGAAAGAUACAAUGUCUAUGCAAAUCUGAAAAGAAAUGGAUAUGUCGUCAUGAGAGGUCCAGAUUGGGACCCAAACGUUCCCACCAAACCCUUUGAGCAAGGACCCAUACCCGGAGAGUCAAAGGGUAUGUUCACUUGGCUUUACGAUCUUUUCGCCAAAGACAUCACACAAUCCCCAUAUGGUCCACUAGUCAAGCCAGGCUUAUACAGAUCUUACGACUCUAUCUAUCGCCAAAUGGCCAUAAUACCCCGCUACAAACCUUCUCCAGUGCCAGAUAUAUCGUCACAACCUCCAUCUCACCCAUUCCGUGUUUGUUUCCACAUAUGGAAACCCAGUAGUAUUCCUACAUUCGCGAAAACCAAUCCAGGUCUUCCAGAUUUCCGCAUAGCCAUUGUCGAGGCGAGAGAAACUUUCGUACCUACAUUACCGGAGGUGGUGUCAUUAUUCGAAAGCUCACCCUGGGAUCCACCAGGAAAAACCAUGGAGGGCCCAAAUAAAAUGUAUCAUAGAAUCAGACAUGGAUAUAGGAAUGUUAUCUUGGCAGUCAACGAUCAGGGAAUAAUCAGCUACCUGAGGAUGGGAGAUUGUGCGUUUGGGGAAGAAAAGUUGUACGAAAGGUUCGAUGAGGGCAAUUCACGUGGCAACAAGAGGGGUGGGAGACGUGGCAGAGGCGGUGGAAGAGGGAGGGGCAGAGGAAGGGGUGGAAAAUAA